AUGAAUGUAACUGACCAAGCGAUUGCAUGUAAUCCGAAUCCUAUUAAAAUUAAGAUCGAAAAUGAGGAUAUCAAUGUUAUUGAGCAACCAAUGGAAAGUACAAAUAAUCCUAUUAAAGAGAGGAUAAAUGUUACUGAGCAACCUGCUGAUGAGAGUAACCUUAAUCCCAUUGAAAUUGAGAUAAAAAAUGAUGAUACAAUUGAUGUUAAUGAGCUAGCUAUUGAAAAGCAGCAACCUAUUGAAAAUAAUAACAAUCCCAUUGAAAUUGAGAUCAAAGAUGAGAAUACAACUGUUACUAAGUUAGCUAUUAAAAGUACUCUCAAUCCAAUGAAAAUUGACAUUAAAAUUGAGAAAACAAACAUUACUGAGCUACCUAUUGAAGGUCUCAAUUCCAUUAAAAUUGAUAUUCAAGUUGAGACAAAAAAUGUGAAUGAGCAACCCGUUGUUAGUAAUCAAGGGAAUUCCAUUAAAAUUGAGACAGCAAAUGGUAAUGAGCUAGCCUUUGUAAGUAAUCGAGGGAAUCCCAUUAAAAUUGAGACAGCAAAUGGUAAUGAGCCAGCCUUUGUAAGUAAUCAAGGGAAUCCCAUUAAAAUUGAGACAGCAAAUGGUAAUGAGCCAGCCUUUGUAAGUAAUCAAGGGAAUCCCAUUAAAAUUGAGACCGCAAAUGCAAAUGGUAAUGAGCCAGCCUUUGUAAGUAAUCAAGGGAAUCCCAUUAAAAUUGAGACAGCAAAUGGUAAUGAGCCAGCCUUUGUAAGUAAUCAAGGGAAUCCCAUUAAAAUUGAGACAGCAAAUGGUAAUGAGCCAGCCUUUGUAAGUAAUCAAGGGAAUCCCAUUAAAAUUGAGACAGCAAAUGGUAAUGAGCCAGCCUUUGUAAGUAAUCAAGGGAAUCCCAUUAAAAUUGAGACAGCAAAUGGUAAUGAGCCAGCCUUUGUAAGUAAUCAAGGGAAUCCCAUUAAAAUUGAGACAGCAAAUGGUAAUGAGCCAGCCUUUGUAAGUAAUCAAGGGAAUCCCAUUAAAAUUGAGACAGCAAAUGGUAAUGAGCCAGCCUUUGUAAGUAAUCAAGGGAAUCCCAUUAAAAUUGAGACAGCAAAUGGUAAUGAGCCAGCCUUUGUAAGUAAUCAAGGGAAUCCCAUUAAAAUUGAGACAGCAAAUGGUAAUGAGCCAGCCUUUGUAAGUAAUCAAGGGAAUCCCAUUAAAAUUGAGACAGCAAAUGGUAAUGAGCCAGCCUUUGUAAGUAAUCAAGGGAAUCCCAUUAAAAUUGAGACAGCAAAUGGUAAUGAGCCAGCCUUUGUAAGUAAUCAAGGGAAUCCCAUUAAAAUUGAGACAGCAAAUGGUAAUGAGCCAGCCUUUGUAAGUAAUCAAGGGAAUCCCAUUAAAAUUGAGACAGCAAAUGGUAAUGAGCCAGCCUUUGUAAGUAAUCAAGGGAAUCCCAUUAAAAUUGAGACAGCAAAUGGUAAUGAGCCAGCCUUUGUAAGUAAUCAAGGGAAUCCCAUUAAAAUUGAGACAGCAAAUGGUAAUGAGCCAGCCUUUGUAAGUAAUCAAGGGAAUCCCAUUAAAAUUGAGACAGCAAAUGGUAAUGAGCCAGUCUUUGUAAGUAAUCAAGGGAAUCCCAUUAAAAUUGAGACAGCAAAUGGUAAUGAGCUAGCCUUUGUAAGUAAUCAAGGGAAUCCCAUUAAAAUUGAGACAGCAAAUGAUAAUGAGCCAGCCUUUGUAAGUAAUCAAGGGAAUCCCAUUAAAAUUGAGGUACCCAAUAAUGCAGUUGUUUCGGAUAUUGACUCUAUAAGUGAGAAUUCUAAUAUGGAGUUUGAACAGAUAUCAGAAAGCAUAAAUGACAAUAAUUAUAACAGUGAAGAAGCUAAUGAAUUAGAUGAAAUUAUUGCGAGACAACCUGUUGUUUUCCUGAAUGACCCAAGCAUUAACCAAGAAGAGUUGUUCGACAAUUUUUAUGCACAAGUUAUUAAUUUUUUGUAA